AUGAUGGGCAGCAUUCGUGGCAAGUCCAAGGACAGGACUUCGCCUAGAAAGCCCUCUCCGCCGGAACCGUCCUAUAUGGAUAGUAAACAGUUUGCCUCUUAUCUUGCCAGUCUCCGUGAUAACCGGGUCACUCGGCCUGGUGGAGCCCGACCGCCUCCUUCUCCUUCUGUAGCAUCAACUGCACGCCUCAACUCGGAUCGCAUAGCGCCAGGUCGGCCGUCGAUCGGUGGCUCGACAAUCAAUACCGAGGCUUCGGCGCCGGCAAGCUCCAGCCACUUGCGCUCACACUCCGACAUUGCCAAACCAUCAAGCAUCCGCCCGAGCCUUGUCGGCAGUAUGGCAUCGCGCUACUCGACGGCGUCCGGCAGGGACUACUACCCUGAGAAAUCCAGCCCAACAAAACCGCUGAGACCUGAUGAAGUUGUUCCUACAUCAACAUACAUGGAGCGAGGAAGUCGGUGGAUGGAAAAGGAGGAGGUCUUCUCCUUGCGCACAGCCCUGGAAGACAUGGAUCUGAAGGACGCGCAAAAAGAAGCGCAAAAGGAGCACAAAGAGGGCGAGGCGUCGGGCAGCAAUGACGACGAGAGUCGACUGUACAAUGCCGCUCUCGACGAGGCCGCAGAGCUUGUUUGGCAGCAUCAGAACGGCAUCAAGCCCCGAGAGCCCGGGGCGCCGUACUCCUACAAAACUCACCUGCGAGAGAAGAGCUACGCUUAUGCUCGCACCGCAAGCACGGGGCCACACAGUCGUGAUGUCGCCGCCACCGGCCUGGCCAGAGAUGGCCCUCGGUCCCGCUCCGUGUCUGGUAGUUCGUCUGGUAGCGACGGAAGAGCAUCGUUGGAGAGUCCUCGCAUGAGCUUGGAGGAUCGACGCCAAGAUUCCAUGGAUUCGACGCGAUCCAAAACCUAUGGCAGUUUAGCCCAGAGAGUCGCUCCCAGCGGCCGGCGGCGAAGUAGCAUGAAGCGCAACAUCAGCGGCGAGGUUGAAAAGCCUUUCUCUGGAGAUCAGAUCUGGGAGGAACCGGAAGGCGACGCCGCAAAUCUGGCCACCACAAAACCUAUCGAUAAACCCGCUGAAGGGGUAGAUCAACCUCUUCGACUGAAGCUACGCAACUCACCCAACAAAGUGCAAUUUUCUCCUGACACGUCUCCCGAGAAGGAUAAAGAAUCCGCAGCAUCUGCCCAGACACCACCCUCGCCUACCAAACCCUUACAAAGGGUGGAAAUUUACAAGAACCCACCUUCACAGUCGAGAAACCCAGCCUACACCUCCAACACCCAGAAGCCUGCAGGCCCUCGUGUAAAUGAUAGCAUCAAAAAGAAGAAUGGAGUCGAGGUACGUGGUGAUGAUAUCCGUCAAGCCACAAGCUUCAAGCUGGGUGAUCGCAGUAGGAAACUGCCCACGCCCUCGGCUGUCAGUGACGCUCCUGGGCGCCCAAUCGUAAGCUUUGAUCAAAACUGGAAGGCCCCGGAGGAGGCGGCUGCUGAUAAGUCCCCAGAGCGUAAGAAAGAGCCCAGCCGCUUCUCCGUUGGGAACCGACAAGAUCAAGAAGGAUCGGACGCCAGGUUCCAGCCCCAGCCGAACACACAAGCUUCACCAAGUCCGCCUAUCCCUAGUUUCUCAUUUACGCCAGCUGCUCAGGUCCCGUCAUCGUCGUCGCUCCCGUCCUCUAGCACACCGUCCAUCCCAAGUAUUUCGGUAGACGCUCCGGGUAGUGGUGGGUCAGGGCCCAGUAUUCCCAUGAUAAUCACGCCAGACGACAACCCAGCCCCGCCGUCCAUAACUGUAUCUGGCGAGCAGGAUGCCCCUUCCAUCCCUAUUAUAGUCACACCCGAUGGUGACGGCAGCGCGGCUGGACCAAGUGUCCCAAUUAUCGUAACGCCGGGAGAUGGAGGUGAUGCGCAAGACAGUGGUGCGAAGCCCUCGGCGCGCCCAUUGCCAACGCCGACGAGGAGGAACCCAUUCAUGCGUGCCAACCGUGGCUCUCAGGGCCACUGGUCUGCUGCUCCAGGAGCAUCUGCUCGCGCCACAGCCAUUUGUCAUGAAUGCUCUUUGCCCAUUGAGGGGCGUGUCAUCACCCUUCGCGGCGGAGGCGAGCGGUUCCAUCCUCAGUGCUUUAGCUGUUACACAUGCGGCACUUCACUAGAGGCACUAGAGAUUUCUCCAGAGCCGGACUCCUUCCGGUCUGCGCGUCUUGACCGUAUUGCCCGACGUGCUGCCGGCGAGACCCUGCCUGAGGAGCCCGGUCAGACCAUGGCCGAGGACGGCGACGCACGCCUGCGCUUCUUCUGCCACCUGGACUGGCACGAAUUGUUUGCUCCUCGCUGCAAGACCUGCACGACGCCCAUCUUGGGUGAUCACAUUGUUGCUCUCGGUCACCACUUCCACUACGGACACUUCUUCUGCGCCGAGUGUGGCGACCCCUUUGAGCAGGGCAUGACGCACAUUGAAAAGGACGGCUACGCCUGGUGCGUCAAAUGCCAGACCAAGCGGACGGAAAGGCGCGCUCCAAAGUGCAAGAGAUGCAAACUGCCCGUAAUUGGCCAGUAUGUACAGGCUCUCGGCGGUGAGUGGCACGACGAGUGUUUCCGCUGUGGUACCUGCGGCGGCGGCUUUGAUGAUGGGCAAAUCUUCCCUGUGGCUGACGGCAUUCGGUGCACGGCAUGUCGUAUGAGGGAACUGAAGGCUUAG